CGCCGUCGCUAGCUGCGCCAAAGGUGGGGUAUAUAAAUUCCAAGUCUUGCGUAAUACACGAAGCACUAUUCUUUCCCAUCUAUCUUUGUCGAUCCGAAACCGCACCAUGUCGCUAACUUUGUUAGAAAUCAAAUUGAACAGUGAAGAUUUGCGACUGUGGUCGCCAAAUACGUGGAAGACGCGAUUUUCGCUGAAUAUCAAGGGUUUGUCGUAUGAUACAGAGUUCCAUUCAUUCGUCGAGAUAAACAAGAAAUUAGAGAAUAUUGCACCCGGUAUUCCGGAAAACAAAGUUCCAGUGCUUAUUCAUGAUGGAAAGGCAGUUCAAGAGUCAUAUGAAAUUGCAAAGUAUCUUGAUCGCCAAUUCCCCAAACCAUCUCUUCUGCACAGUCAAGAAGGUGUGCAUCGCUAUCUGACCGCUCACAUAGAAACGGAACUUGCGCCGCUCAUCUCUAAAAUGGUUGGGCUGAAAGUUUAUGAAAACUUGGACGAGGAAAACAAGGAGUAUUAUAGAAGCAGUCGCGAAGCAAGAUACAAGGACACACUGGAAAAUUUUGCCGGUGAUCAAGAGGACAACUUUAAUAAUUUCGUUAAAAAGUUUCAAUUGAUCGAACGAAUGCUUGGCCAAUUUGUGUGGAUCAGCGGCAGUGAGCUCGGCUGGGCAGACAUUGUUACAGCAUCCUGGCUCAUAUUUUUUGAAACCUUCCAGCCUGAACGACACAAUCAACUACUCGAAAUAUACCCUAAUGCAGCAAAUUGGCAGAAGAAGAUGAAUCAAUAUAAACAGACGAACAAUCAGUGAAUUAUAAUGGUGGCAACAUGGGCGAAAAAGGGUUAUAAUUGAUGCAUUCAAGCUCUUAAAUAUCAUCUAUUCAACAUCGUCUUCAAAAGAGUUUGUUAGCGACGU